AUGGACGUCUCAGGCACCGGAGCUGGCGCGAAGGGGAAGAAGGGCGCGGCCGGGCGCAAGGCCGGCGGCCCCAGGAAGAAGUCGGUGACGCGGUCCGUCAAGGCCGGGCUCCAGUUCCCCGUCGGCCGCAUCGGGCGCUACCUCAAGAAGGGCCGCUACGCCCAGCGCGUCGGCACCGGCGCCCCCGUAUACCUCGCCGCCGUCCUCGAGUACCUCGCCGCCGAGCUUCUGGAGCUCGCCGGGAACGCCGCCAAGGACAACAAGAAGAGCCGCAUCAUCCCGCGCCACCUGCUGCUCGCCGGCCGCUACGCCCAGCGCGUCGGCACCGGCGCCCCCGUCUACCUCGCCGCCGUCCUCGAGUACCUCGCCGCCGAGCUGCUGGAGCUCGCCGGGAACGCCGCCAAGGACAACAAGAAGAGCCGCAUCAUCCCGCGCCACCUGCUGCUCGCCGUCAGGAACGACGAGGAGCUCGGAAAGCUGCUGGCCGGCGUCACCAUCGCGCACGGCGGCGUGAUCCCGAAGAUCAACCCGGUGCUCCUCCCCAAGAGGACCGCGGAGAAGGAGGGCAAGGAGCCCAAGUCUCCCAAGAAGGCGACCAAGUCCCCCAAGAAGGCAACCAAGGCUUAG